AUGUCGUCACAUCAGUCAAGCCAAGCACAGGCCGGCUCGGAGCAGAAGCACUCGGGUCUCCGAGCUGCGCUCUCCAGCCUCAAGUCGAAGAAAGACACCUCGCAUGUUGAGGUCUCAGAAAGGGAUGCACCCCCUCGCUACUCGACCGACACAACAGCGACGAGCCUCUACAAAGAACCUCACUCGAAGCACUCCGACAAGCACUUCUCUCGGGGUGGUGUUGACCCUAACAACCCGCCCCGGAAGUACAACUACAACCUCGACAAGAACUGGGAAGCCAUGGCUGUCAUGUGGAGUCUGAAAUAA